AUGUUUCUUAAGAAUAGCUGGGGCAUUGCAAAGUCAUCAAGACGGUUUUUCCAAAGCAGAGCUUCAGAUGUUCGAGGAAAAAUAUUUAGAGCUUCAGAUGUUCGAGGAAAAAUAUUUAGAGCAUCAAACUAUGUCCUUUUGGGGAUAGGUACAGUUACUCUUGGGUACAUUGUAAACACAUCAGUUGUGGCAAAUGAUUCCUCUAUUAAUAUUGAUAUAUCGUCCCUUGACAAAUCUGAUCGUUCAACAAAACCCUUGGCCUCAUUGACGUCACCCGUGUAUGCAGACGAGAAACAAUUUAAAGCGGGAUUGGCGAAAAUUGUCAAGAUAGUAGGCAACGAGAACGUGAUUUACAACGAGGAGAUACUCAGUGCACAUGCUGAUUCCUUUUUUUCAACACAUCACCCACCAGACCCGGUUAAACAAAAACCAGAUGUAGUGAUAACGCCAUCUUCUACUGAAGAGGUAUCCAAGAUUAUGAAGGUAGCUCACGAGUAUAGAAUACCCGUUGUUGCGAAUUCGGGGUUGACUUCACUAGAAGGGCAGAACAUUCACACCAGAGGUCCUUAUAGUAUAUCACUUUCCUUCUCAAAGAUGGACAAGAUUCUCGCUUUUCAUCCUGACGAUAUGGAUGUGGUGGUUCAGCCUGGUGUUGGAUGGCAGGAGUUGGACGAUUUUCUAAAAGAUGACCCGAAAGGCAAGAACUUACUUUUUGGUCCUGAUCCAGGCAUUGGAGCAAACAUUGGAGGUAUGGUUGGUACCAGUGCCAGCGGAACCAAUGCCUUCAAGUAUGGAACAAUGAAGGAAAGUGUUGUCAAUCUCACUGUUGUGUUGGCAGACGGAACUGUGAUCAAGACAAGACAAAGACCAAGAAAGUCAAGUGCUGGAUAUGAUUUGACAAGGUUGUUUAUCGGAACUGAAGGUACGGCAGGUGUUGUUACUGAAAUCACCUUGAAGUUGCAUAUACGUCCAAAGGUGGAAUAUAUCACUGUUGUUGCUUUCCCCACAAUCAAAGAUGCCGCAGCUGCAGCACAGACCAUCAUCUCAAGAGGCAUUCAACCAAAUGCAAUGGAGCUUUUGAACGAUACAAUGAUCUCCUUUGUCAAUGAGAUGACGGAAGGGAAAAAAAUAUUGGAAAAGCCCACAUUGUUUUUCAAAUUGGGUGGUCCUACUAAGCAAGCGAUAAAUGAGCAGUCGAAACUUGUUGACGAAAUUUCCACUGAGAAUUGUGCAUUAAAGAUUCAAAAAAGUACAAAUCCCGAGGAGAAUGCCGAAUUGUGGGCAGCUAGGAGAAAUGGGCUUUGGUCAACUUAUGAGUAUGGUGCUAAGGUAUUGAAGGACCCUAAUGACGUGCAAAUUUGGACAACUGAUGUAGCAGUUCCAGUUUCCAAACUAGCUGACGUCAUCAACAAAAUCAACGACAAUUUAGUAAAUCGUGGGUUUGAUGGCAAAUUUUCUGUGUUGGGCCACAUUGGUGAUGGAAAUUGUCAUUUUCUUAUUCUUUAUAACUCUCCAGAUUAUGGGAAAGUUCACGCGGCAGUUGACGAAAUGGUUGAUCUCGCGUUACAAUACGAAGGUACAUGCACCGGAGAACAUGGCGUAGGAAUAGGGAAAAGAAAGUACGUCGAGCAAGAGUUGGGAGAUACAACAAUCGAUACUAUGAGACAAAUCAAACUAGCAUUAGACCCACGACGAAUCUUGAAUCCGGAUAAGAUCUUCAAGAUUGAUCCAAAGGAUGACUUUGAUGAACAGUUAAAUGCGGGUCACAUUGUUGAGAAACAUGAAUGUAGACUGAAUCAUUAG